ACUUUGCCCGUUUGCUGCAUCAAAGCCGCGCGUUGCACGUGUGAGCUUUUCCCGGGUCACGUGUGUAUCGGAGUGCAUCGACAAAAGAUUCAUCAAGAGAAAAGCUGUGCUCCCUAGCCAGUGUAACAAUGUCAUCGUUUAAUGUGUCAGUCGGUCCAAAAUGCCCGAUAUCAGGACCGAGUCUUGCCCAAGGUUGUCCGGGAUCACAAUAUUUGAUAUUUAUGACGAUAUUGGAUAUGCUUAUACGAUCCCAAGAGAAGGUGUCUCAAACGUGCGAGCGUGUACAGCCGAAAAUUCCACCUGAGUACCAAUACGAUUUCAUUGUCAUUGGCGGAGGAUCAGCCGGUGCCGUGGUGGCGUCUAGACUGAGCGACAUACCCGAAUGGAAAGUUUUGUUGCUAGAAGCCGGCCCGGACGAACCACCGGGUGCUCAGGUUCCCAGUAUGGUGGGAAUGUUUCUGGGAAGUGGCAUUGACUGGCAGUAUCAAACCACGAACGAGAUGAACGCUUGUCUGUUAAACGGCGGAUCCUGCAGUUGGCCGCGUGGUAAAAAUCUAGGUGGGACGUCCGUUCACAAUGGUAUGAUGUAUAUGCGAGGCCACGCGAAAGAUUUUGACAAUUGGGCAGCUAAGGGCAAUCACGGAUGGAGUUGGCGCGAUGUCUUGCCGUAUUUCAUGUGCUCCGAGAACAACACGGAGAUCCAUCGAGUUGGUCGCAAGUAUCAUUCGACCGGUGGUCUGCUAACUGUCGAGCGGUUUCCGUGGAAGCCUGCAAUAGCAGACGACAUCCUCGCCGCGGCAGCUGAGAGAGGAUACCCGAUUAGCGAGGACCUGAAUGGUGACCAAUUUAUAGGAUUCACUGUUGCUCAAGUCACAAGUAAGGACGGUGUCCGAGUGAGUAGCGCCUCAGCGUUCCUACGACCAAUGCGAAAACGACGCAAUUUGCACACGUCCUUAAACGCCACUGUCACGAAGAUUUUGAUAUUAAAUAACAAAGCCGUUGGAGUACAAUUUUAUCAAGAUGGUGAACUUCGAGUUGCCCACGCCACAAAGGAGGUAAUCGCCUCCGGUGGUGCCGUAAAUUCGCCUCAACUGUUGCUACUCUCCGGAAUCGGGCCGAAGGAACAUCUGCGGGCGGUGAACGUCACAGUCGUCAAGGAUCUUCCAGGUGUCGGGGAGAACCUGCAUAAUCACGUGUCGUACACUUUAUCGUGGACCAUCAAUCAACCGAAUCUGUUCGACCUGAACUGGGUGACUGCCGCGGAAUAUCUCGCCUUCCAAAGAGGACCGAUGUCGUCGACUGGUUUAUCGCAAUUGACCGGGAUGUUACCGUCGACCUACGCGGAUAAGAAUCAUCCUGAUAUCCAGCUCUUUUUCGGUGGCUAUCAGGCAGCUUGCGCAAUCACCGGUGAACCAGGUUCCACUAUGGACAAUAACGGUCGCAGAAUCAGCAUAUCGCCGACAAUGACACAGCCGCGUAGUAAGGGGAGACUGCGUCUCGCCAGUAACAACCCCCUCGAGAAGCCACUCAUUUGGGGCAACUAUCUGAACGAUACUAUGGAUGUGAACAUCCUCGUGGAAGGCAUCCAGAUUGCGUUGUCCCUCGCCAAUACCAGUGCCAUGGCCAAGUAUAAUAUGACUUUGAAUAACCAACUGUUGUCCAAUUGCUCCCGGUAUCCUUAUCUGAGCAAACAGUAUUGGGCCUGCGCCGUGCGCCAGGAUACUGGCCCGGAAAAUCAUCAAGCGGGUUCCUGCAAGAUGGGUCUACCUAAUGAUCCCAUGGCCGUAGUCGACAAUCGAUUGAGGGUAUAUGGCAUCAGAAACCUCCGGGUGGCCGACACGUCCAUUAUGCCAGAGGUAACGUCCAGCAACACGGCAGCCCCGGCCAUGAUGAUCGGCGAAAGGGCGGCAGCGUUCAUCAAGUCCGAUUGGGGUGUUACCGGUACACAAUGUUCACGCACGACGAUCGACAGUACGCUGGACCUGUUACUUUGGGGGAUCAAGUACAUCGACUGGGAUCAGGCUAUAUGGUAGCCCGGGUUCUUCCCGAUCUAUCUAGUCGCUUAUUGCAUCCAUCAAUGCGUAUUCCGCAGCCUACAAAAAGUCGGCGAGAACGCGACCAAAGGCAAGGACUUUCUGGAAGAUCCCCGUAGGCUGCGAUUUCCUUUCUCUUCGGUAUGAUCGAGCGAUCGAGCUGGACUUACAUCCCGCUCGAUAGCGCGAGCGCUACGUCAGAACUCAACAUUAUAUUGCAACGUGCAAUUAUUGUUACUAACGCAGUGAGUACGACUGAUGACGAGUCGUCGUCUCGCUGUACCGCCAUGUCUUAAUUUCCAGUUAGGAAUUUCCUAAGAUUGUGUCUCAUAGCAUUGCAGCUAGUCGAGAGAUCUGCCAUCAAUCAAUUAGCUGCGACAUAACGAGCAUAAAUACUCGUAUAACUUACGAGUAUUGUUACUAUUAUAAUAUUAUUAAUUCCGUAAACAAGCUACAAUUUCCU